AUGUUGUUGUUGUCGUUUUUUGUUGUUGUUGUUGCUGUUGCUGUUGUUGCUGCUGUUGCUGUUGUUGUUGUUGCUGUUGUCGUCGUCGUCGUUGUUGUUGCUGUUGUUGCUGUCGUUGUUGCCGUCGUCGUCGUUGUUGUUGUUAUUGUUGCUGUUGUUGUUGUUGCUGUUGUUGCUGUCGUUCCUGUCGUUGUUGCCGUCGUCGUCGUCGUCGUUGUUGUUGUUAUUGUUGCUGUUGUUGUUGUUGCUGUCGUCGUCGUCGUUGUUGCUGUCGUUGUUGCCGUUGUCGUCGUCGUCGUUGUUGUUGUUGUUGUUGUUGUUGUUGUUGUUGUUGUUGUUGUUGUUGUUGUUGUUGUUGUUGUUGUUGUUGUUGUUGCUAUUGUUGCUGCUGUUGUUGUUGUUGUUGCUGUUGCUGUUGUUGCUGUCGUUGUUGCUGUCGUUGUUGUCGUUGUUGUUGUUGUUGUUGCUGUUGUUGUUGUCGUCGUUGCUGUUGUCGUUGAUGACGUUAUUGUUGUUGAUAAUGUUGUCGUUGUCUUUGCUGUUGUUGCUGCUGUUUGUAACGUGUUGCUGUUUAUUUAGGUAAAACAAAUAAAGAAUUCAAUUUAAGACAUGACUGGAACUCUCUGUUGAGUGAUGACGAAACACUUCGUAUGACAAGAUACAGUAACAGACUCUACCCUAAGGCUGGUAUUCUGGUAAGUACAAACAACAAACUUUACCAUGUAACCAUUCAACAUGCGCCAAUUAACACUCAGUUGGUUAGAGCGCUGCACCGGAAUUGCAGGGUCACAUGGGAUCACAGGAUGACCCCCAGACCCCCCUUUCUUCGGAAACUUAGUAUGACAGUGGAAAUCAAUCAGAAAAAGCUCUAUUAUAAUUAUUGCACUUCAGGUAAAUGUUUAACAUUGAAGUUCAAAUUUCAGGUAAAAUCCUCCGACCCCCCCCCCCAACUUCAGAUGCCCCGCUACGUCCCUUGGUCAACCUGCAGUUAUCAGAAUGACAAAACAAUGUUAUGGACCUCAUUAAUAAAAAGGAAGUAUAGUACGUCUAAUCAAUGGAAAUAUACUUAUCUCUCUCCACAGGUCAAAUACCUCAAUGAUUUUGCAAACAAGUUGAAGCUCAAAAUAUCGUACAAUACUGAAAUUAAAAGUAUCUCCAAGCAGUUGGUGAAUAAUUCAUUUCUACUUGAAGAUCAGCAUGGCAAUUGGUAUACAUGUAACGAUCUGAUUGUCAGGUGAGGGUGGAUGAAUUGAUGAUUCCAAUUUGAUCUAGGCAAGAAGAACGAAAUCCAUUACCAUAGCUGGAAAGAGAAUCUUAAAAUGAGUAACAUUGCAACGUUUGGUUGUAAAAUGAGGAAAAUAUAGCCCUGUGAAGUUCGCAAAUUUUGUAUAUAUUUGUGGGAAAAAUAACCAUUUUUGAGCCGAAAGUGGUUAUUUUACCGCUCGUAAUACAAAUAUAUACAAAAUUUGCGAACUUCACAGGGCUAUAUUUUCUUCAUUUUACAACAUUUAGCAACCAAUCUUUGCAGUUUUACUCAUUCGAAGACGCUUUUUCCAGCUGUGGUGUUGGAUUUCGUUCUUCUUGCCUUGAUCAACAUUUAGGUUAUAGCUGGAAUCACCCAUUGAAUAGUUGCGUUUUUAUCAAUAACGUCACCAAUUUUCAAUGGCAUUGUGCCUUAUCCACGGAUGAGUAAUAGAUUCCCUCUUCCAGAUUGUUUUCAGUCUCUGAUUCUUUUGUUAAUUUUCUAGUACUGGAAUUCCAAUUGAAAAUGUUCCUGAUAUUAAAGGCAUCGAACAUACUGAGGUGUGCAGUUAUUUUUUAAAUUUGUGUUUAAGAUUCUGCUAUUCUUCAUUUUGUCUUUUCUUUCGAUAUUCUUUUCCCCUUCCACCAUUUCCUUCCUUCGUUUCUAUGUUUCUUUUUCUUCCUUCCACCAUUUCCUUCUUUCGUUUGCUCUCUUUCUUUCUUCAUUCCUUAAUUUCUUUAUUUUUCCAUUUCUCAUUUUCGUUUACUCUCACUAGAGCUACGGGACAAUGUCGUUGAACAGAGAUGACUAUGAAGGCCAAACAGUCUUGAUAUUAGGAGGAGGUGGGUUUUUAUCUUGUUUACAACAGCUGUGAUGUGGUUGGGACAUGUGUCUUUCAUCUCUAAUGACUGGGCUUCAAUUCCUGUAAAAUACAGUUAUCUCAUUAUCAUUUGCACUCAGUUGGAUCUGUUUGAUGUGAGAAGAGUGCUUCCAGUUUGACUCACCAAACACCACUGGUUUUCUCCAAGUACACUUUAGUUUCUUUCUCAUUCAAACUAGAUUAAUUAGGAAUCACCUUUACUGGACAAUUCUACUUUACUGGACAAUACUAACAAUGUGUCUUUGGUUAAUAGGAAAUGCAGCAUUCGAAACUGCUGAUAAUAUCAUUGAGUCGACAAAUCUUGUUCACAUUAUGGGAAGGUGAGCAGAGCAAUUUAGUUGAACAAAAUUAGAGGAAUAUAGAUUUCUAUAAAUCUUACCCUCGAUCUCAUUUUCCUUUAGAUCAAGAGUACGUCUAGCGUGGUCAACUCACUAUGUUGGGGAUGUAAGGUAAGACGAAUGUCAUUAUGGUGUAGAAAUGUAUCAGAGUUGAGAAGCGAGAGUUUGCAUGAGAGUUUUCUCAACUCUCGUGCCCCGGUCAACGAGAACAAGAGUUGCAUGAGAGUUGAUGAGAGUUGAGAAGAGUUGAGCAGCGAGAGUUUGCAUGAGAGUUUUCUCAACUCUCGUGCCCCGGUCAAACGAGAACAAGAGUUGCAUGAGAGUUGAUGAGAGUUGAGAAGCGAGAGUUUGCAUGAGGGUUUUCUCAACUCUCAUGCCCCGGUCAAACGAGAACAAGAAUUGCAUGAGAAUUGAUGAGAGUUGAGAAGCGAGAGUUUGUAUGAGAGUUUUCUCAACUCUCAUGCCCCGGUCAAACGAGAACAAGAAUUGCAUGAGAAUUGAUGAGAGUUGAGAAGCGAGAGUUUGUGUGAGAGAGUUUUCUCAACUUUCAUGCCGCGGUCAAACGAGAACAAGAGUUGCGCAAAUGAGAGUUGAUGAGAGUUGAGAAGCGAGAGUUUGCAUGAGAGUUGAUCAAAAUUUGAACCAGCUGAAAUUUGAUUAUUUCUUCAUAUACUUCAUAUACUUCAUCGAUAGCUGAUUGUCAAAUGCCAACGACUGUUACAUCUCCGUAGUUUCGUAGUUUAUGAAUUUUAUAUAUAUAUUUCUCAGGGCUGUCAAUAACCGUAUAUUGGACAAUUAUCAGCUGAAAUCUCAAGACGGAUUCUUAGGUAUCACAAAAAGAAAUUAUAUUCAACCUUUUUACGUCAUAACGGCAGCACCUACAACAUUGAUUUUAUUAUCAUUCUCCACGCAGAAAAGGCAUUUUCACAAGUCAGUAUCGUCAAACACGAAGGAAAACUGUACGUGGAUUUUUAUGAUUCAGAAGGAAGGAUUUUGAAUAAGACUGGCGUUGCUCGUAAGUUAAAAGUUUAUUUUUUUUGUGAAAUAUUUCUGCUUUAUGAUAAGAAUUUUCCCAUUUCAAAUACGAUAAUUAGUGAUGAGCAGUGUAACUGUGAAAUGAAAAUACCGAAAUACCGGUCCCUUGUCAUGAAUAUUCUUAUUUGUUUUUAGCUGACAACUAUUCUUUACGAGAUCCUUAUGAUAAAAUUAUAAGAUGUCUUGGUUUUAAGGUAAGGACAAGUGUUCCUGCCGGUUUUCUUUGUGUGCUUCGGUUCUUCCUGUAGUAAUACUGGAUACCAGUAAGAGGUCUCUUACUCUUAUUGAUCCAGUGUUACUGCAGAAGGAAACCUAAACUAAACUAACUGUAUUUAUGCUGGAUAUCUCGAUCAGUUCUAAACUGUUCUUCCUAGAGGUCCAGUAAGGAUCAUCUCUUAUUGAUCCAGUGUUACUACAGGAGGAAACCUAAACUAAACUAAACUAACUUUAUUUCUUCUGGAUAGCUCUAUCAGUUCUAAACUGUCCUCCCUAUAUAUAGAGGUCCAGUAAGGAUCAUCUCUUAUUGAUCCAGUGUUACUGCAUGAGGAAACCUAAACUAAACUAACUUUAUUUAUACUGGAUAACUCUAUCAGCUCUAAACUGUUCUUCCUAGUCCUAGAGGUCCGGAUGGCUCUUACUGAAUCUUUAGGAAAAGCAAUUGAGAACUGAUAGUAGUCUAGGUUAUUCACAAGACUGUUAAUUGUAUUUCAGUUUGAUUUCUCGAUAUUCAACGGGACGGUCAUGCCCGAGAAAUGCCCGGGAAAGAGGAGUAAAUAUCCACUCAUCACGCCAGAUUUUCAAAGUCACAAUGUUCCAAGACUGUGGUUUGGUGAGUUGCAAAUGAGUUUUUAAAGUUAAAGUUAAACUGGCAGCUCAUGUUGUAACAUUUCGUUGUAGCUGGAACAACAGCACAUUCUCUGGACUGGAAAAAAUCUGCCGGUGGUUUUAUCCAUGGUUACAGAUACACAG